CUGAGGUAUGCGACUUCAGUUGCUCAAGCGUUCGGUAGACUUCGCAACGGACCAUUCCGAAGCGAGCUUGGUGGAUACCUUUGAUUGCGGCUCCACAGCAUUGUCGCCAGCCGUGUUAUCAUCCACGCCUGUCUAUAGCAACACCGGCAUUAUCCUCCGCAACAACGCCGCCGAAGCGCUUGAGGCGGGAUGUUGCUUCAAUGGUAACCCAGACUAUCGCACCGGUCCGGCCGACGAUACGGUUGAAGCGCCCACAGAAUAGUGUGGCUUGCUCCAAUUACAAGCAAUCGCACUGCGCGACCUGGUCAGCGACAUUCUAUCGAAGCAUUGUUGAUGGCCGUCAUGCCCAAACUCCCAUAACCAAACCCAACUCCAAUGCUGCCAGUAUCUCGAUCCCAGAGAUCGAUACCCACCGUACCGCUCCUACGUGGUUAUCUCCUCCCUCGGGGCCUGCGGUUGUGCUUUCUCCGACACAAACCUUGUCCACGCCAGCGCGAGCAAGGCCGAUGAAGACCGGGGUUUAUCCUCCCGCGUGGCUUCGGUCGAGUUUACCAGAGCAGAGCAUUAUCUCGUGCUCUUUGACUCAGGCUUGACCGUGUCUCUUUGAACUAUACUACUUCACAGCAAGCUUCCAGUACCGGUCAUCCUGGCCAGACCACGACAUCUGCCCAGACCACGACAUCCUGGCCAAGGUCGUCGCCUUGAGAACGUCCUUGACUCUGCCUCCCGGCGGCCAGCGUCUGUUUCCCCGAUCCAGCUUGUCACACUAAGAUGGUGUGCACAUGGUCUUCACUAGCUGAGCGGUGGACGUACUCCCGCGGUCC